AACAAUUGAUGCAUUGUAGAAUACUGAACUCUAAAAAUCCCUAAACCCCCUUCUUCCCGCGCCUUUCUCUUCCGUAUUAUUCUCAAAUUUCUUGGUUCUUCGCCGUUUUCUCUCAAGAAAAUGGCUACACAGUUCGGCAUCAAAUUGGCCGUCCACCUCAUCACCAACCACUUCGGCAAUCUCGUCGCUAAAGUAUGCGAAAAUCUAUUUAGUCAUGGAGCCCUCACUUUGGAUCAAUUGGUUCGCUACUCGGAGCUUACUAAGGACCAAGUUAAGAACUCCCUACUCGUCUUAGUUCAACACAAUUGUUGCCAAGCAUUUGUUUCUGCUCCUGAAGAUGACGAUGAUGAUGUAGACAGAUUGAGAGUUAGGACUCAGUACUUGGUGUUGUUUGAUAACAUAAUCCACCGAUUGAGAUUUUCCAAAUUCUUGGAGACUGUGUCGCGGAAGCUUGAUGAAGAAUGUGUGGAACUUCUUGAUGGUUUGCUUCGCGAUGGUAGGCUUACCCUGAAACAAAUGGUUGACAGAGCAAGUCAAGGGAAAGAAAAUGCCGUGGAUACAAAAGUUGUACGAGAGAUACUGAGUAAGCUUUUAACAGCUCGACUUGUCGAACGCUGCCCUGUCCCUGAGCCAGUUGUUUCUACCUCAUUUAAAGAAACUACUACUAGGAAGCGGGGUGCUAAGUCUGCCAAGAUAUUUGAAGCACCUGAGACAUUACAGCAACGUGUUGUAGAAGCAGCAGUGCCUGGGGAUGCAAUCAGAUUUUCAUUCACUGCGGAUAUGAAAUCUAAUGUUGACAGGGAAACAAAUUCAGAUGAUGAUGAAAUUGGUAGCGUUCAACAGAAUGAUGAAAAAGAGGAGGAAAUUCUUUGGCGUGCCAAUUUUGAGGAGUUUAUUCGUCAUCUUAGACAUAAGGCAUUGAUUGAGAAUAUAAGAACUCAGUAUGAUGAUGGAACUGCUACUGUCUUAAGUGCAGUAUUGGAGGCAACAAAAACUGUUGAGAAAAAAGUGAAAAUGGAGAAUUCAGUUCCCCUGUCACUGGAUACAAUUACCGCAGAGGUGAUGAAGACUGAUACAGGACGAACGAUGACUAUAGAUCGUAUCAGAGCUUCUCUUAGCCAGUUGGGCUGUUCACAGAGGAUGAUUGUAGAUGAUGCAUAUAGUAUUGAUUUGAAGAAAAUUAUUGAACGGGCUCAAAAUGAAGAGGUUGAGUCAAUUGUGUUGAAAAGGUAUGGAAGGGAUGCGUACAGAAUGUUCAGGCUACUGUCAAAGGAUGGUUGUUUUCAUGACACAGAUCAGAUAGCAGCAUCUACUCUGGUUGAGAAAAAGGAGGCUCCAAAGUUGCUAUAUAGGUUAUGGAAGGACAAUUACUUGUAUAUGGAGAAAGUAGUUGCGACGGGAGUGAAGCAAACAACUAUUUUGAUGUGGAAAGUCAGUAAACCUCUGCUUUGGGAACAUGUACUGGAUGAGAUGUACCACGCUGCCUUAAAUUUGAGCCUAAGAAUGGCUUUUGAGCAGGAAAAGGAUGAAGAGCUUUUGAAUGUUCCUAAAGACAAGCUUAAGGAGCCAGGGCCACUGCAGAAGAAAUACAAACGGCUACUAAAUGUCUGGUUACUCCUGGGGUCAUCAUUGACGAAGCUCGAUGAAGCUCUCAUGCUUUUCCAUGAUUUCUGAAUACAAAAUUUUGGGAUAAUUAUAAUAUUUUAUUUUUUUAUCAAAAGAAUGACAAAUUUUAACUGUU